AUGAGGGUUUGGUCGCGUGUGCUCGUAGUAUGCUUCCUAGGUCUCUGCCUCGUCGUCGGCGAGGUCGCUUCGCUCGCUCCAGCGCGCCCUGCACGGGGGGGCGUGGGCGUAGCACCUCGACGCGUGAAACUUGCGCCCCUCGGAAGUUCGGGAGAUGGCGCGCAACUCCCGAAGUAUCGAGUCGACCUGGACCAACCCCCGGGGGUUCGCUGGAACGAUGUUAUGAAAGAUAAGCGAGCCGCGGCGCAUAAGACGAUCACCAGUCUAUUCGCACUGCUUCCAGAGGAGGUUCACACGGAGGUCGACAAGCUCGUCUUGCACGUCGAGGAGCGUCUGCCAGUUUGGGCGAGGGAGGAGAUGCAGGGGAUAGCCGCCGCUUUGAACGUCACCUUCGGAGAUAUCCUGUUGGUGAACUUCUUUUUCGAGAUCACACCAUUCUGCACCUCCGUAAUUGCUCGGAGCUCGAGCACUGGUCACCUGUACCACGCCCGGAACCUGGACUUUGGUUUCGGCAUGCCAUCGUUCUCGGAAAACCUGCGGGACCUCGCGAUGGACGUGGAGUUCACCAAGGGCGGGGAACCGGCGUUUAUCGUAACGACCUUUGCCGGUUACGUGGGUGCGGCCACCGGCAUGCGAUCUGGUGUGUUCUCGGUGACCGUGAACGAGCGAGAGAUGACAGGCCCGCUCCCCAUCCCAAACUUGCUAAAAGGCGUGUUGAACCUCAUCAACGCAAUUUUGACGUCUGACGCAUAUCCGGUGACCUGGGCGACAAGGGAGGCUCUCGAGGACGAUGCAUCAACGUUCAACUCUGUUGUCAAAAUGUUCAGCGAACGCUCGCUAGCGACACAGAUAUAUUUGAUCAUCGGAGGAGCUUCCGAGGGCGACGGCGUGGUCCUGACCCGGGAUCACAACUCCUUGUUGGAUGCGUGGAAGAUGGAUGCAGCAUCCGGGGAAUGGUUUCUCGUGCAGACUAAUUACGACCACUGGUUGCCGAUGCCAAUAUGGGAUAACAGGAGAAAGCCAGCGGAGAAAGCUCUUUCGAAGGUGGGGGCUGAUGCGAUUCUGCCGUCGUCGAUAUAUUCGAACGUCCUCUCUCUGGAUCCAAUCCUGAACCAGUUGACUGUGUAUUCGACGAUCAUGUCCUGUGCCGAGGGGAAAUACGAAUCAUUUCUUCGAAAAUGUGAGGGUUGCUCUCCCAUCUGA